AUGCCUCAUUCUGUGCAUUCUGCUUCUUCUUUGGAGGAUGGAUCUGGUGAUCCUCUCCAAGGCUCACUUACCGGUCUUUCCUUGACGGAUACUCGUGAGACGGAGACGGUCGCAAGCGAUCCGGUGCAAUCGAUUGAGGACCUGACGCGGGAUGUGAUUCCGCAGCAUCUUGCCAGACUCCAGCAAUCGCGGCGAUUCACGCUCGACGAGACUGACGCUCUCUACGUCCAAGGGCGGCAUUUCCAGGGGAAAUGGAGAGUUUCGGAAGAGGGUUCCUCAAUUGGAAGGCAUUACUGUCCGGUUGGGUCGAUUUCCCAGCUGUGA